AUGAGCUCCUUCACACUCUCGCCAUCAGGAGACAGUCUCCUCCGCUUGUUAGCGGCUGGGGUGCUUACCGGCAUCGUGCUUUUGGUGCAUCGCAUCGCCUCACAGGGCCCGCAGCUCGCGAAGUUCCCUCUACUCGGCGAGGAGUACGGCAGUCGUCGCAAGCGAAUAGAGGCCUUCAUGUAUCAGCCAGCUCAACUGUAUCAAGAUGGCUAUCGUCGAUUCAAGGAUCAGAUCUACCGGCUCACGAUGCCUGAUGGUGACCACCUUAUCGUCCCGAAUCGGUAUCUCGAUGAGUUGAGACAGCAUCCAGAUGAUGAAAUUGACGUUUUGAAGUCCUUUGAAGAUGUGAGACCUCCUCAGAAAUACACUUGCGAAAAAAGAACGGAGGUGGCCAACAGCGUCGUCAAGGUCGACCUGACGAGGAACUUGACCCGUCUCAACCCGCGGCUAUCAGAAGAAGUCAACAAAACCGUCAACGCUGAGCUGCCACCUUGUGCAGACUGGACAUCCGUCCCUGUGUUUCCUGUUCUCCUUCGCAUAGUAGCCAUCGUGUCUGGUAACAUUUUCGUCGGACCUGACCUCUGUCGACACGAGGUCUAUCUGGCCUCGGCGAUCGAGUACACAAAGGAGGUCACCACAGCAGCGCAGGAGAUCAAAAAGUGGCCCAAGUGGCUACGCUCAGCUGUCGCGUAUCUCGAGCUCUCUCCUGCGCUAAAAAGGAGCCAGGAGCAUCGGCGGCGGAUGAAGGCGUUCCUGGAACCUAUUUUUCAGGACAGGAGACAGAUGAUGCGGAAUGGUCAACCUGUGCCCGAGGAUCUUUUACAGUGGAUGGUGGAGAAGACGAUGGAGCAUGAGAUCAACAAUAUCGAGCACAUAACCGAUAUGCAGCUGCUGCUGACGAUGGCGGCUAUUCACACAACCACACUGUCCGCUACUGCGAUGUUGUACGAUCUGGCUAUGCGUCCUGAGGUGGUUCAUGACAUUCGCAAGGAGAUCGCCUCUGUCCUCGAGACGACAGACGGUGUUAUGACUUCUCAUGCUCUCUUCAGUAUGAAACUUUUGGAUAGUUUCAUGCGGGAGAGCCAGCGAUUCACCCCUCCCUUUGUCGACUCGUUCAGGCGUUACGUCCAAAAGCCCAUCACCCUUCAAGACGGAACCCAGAUUCCAGCUGGGACCUUCAUCGAAACCCCAAGCCUCGCGGUCCUCCACGACGCUGCACACUACAAAGACCCCGAAGUCUUUGACGCCUAUCGGUUCUUCAACCUCCGAACCAAAGACGACACGCCCGACCCCAAUGGUUUUAGGAACCGGGAGCAGUACCAGUUCGUGAGCGUCACCAAGGAGAACACCAGCUUCGGGUUUGGUAAACAUGCCUGCCCUGGGCGGUUUUUUGCAGCCAACGAGAUCAAGCUCAUCAUGGCGAGGAUUGUGCUCCAGUUCGACCUGCGCUUCCCAGCGGAUGUGAAGGAGAGGUAUCCCAACUUUCAUUUUGGUAGUGUCUCUGGACCAAGUCCGACUGGUCUUGUUGAGUUCAAGCGGGUUCAGGAGUGA